AUGUCAAAUGGAACGGGAAGAGAGAAAAGAAAAACUAAGUGGAUCUUUGUCAAAAUUUUUAAAACUCAUUCUAAUCCGACUCCAUCACCAUCAAAUGCAAAGCCCUUACCUGAGCCUAUUGUGCCCAUGUCCGAACUUGACCCAUUGAUUAUUGACGAUCAGCAGCCAUCGACUUCUACUGAUCAUGAUCAUAUUUCUGAGGUAAGCAGUGAUGGUAGUGAUGGAGAUAAAAAUAAAGAUGCUGCGCUCACUGUCGACAUUGAUGAUUUUGAUCCUGUGGAUCCCGCUACGUGGCACACUCUUGUAAUUCACCGUUUAAUAGAAAUAAUUGUGUUAAAAGACGUUGUCCAAAUUAAAGAAAACUUUCCAGUUGAUGAAACUGGAAAAAAAUUUUCAGCCAAGCAGUAUAUGCGAACGUUAGCAAACUUCGAGAAAGUAGAUAGGGAUUGGUUAGUUUAUUCGACGAAAAUAAAUGCUAUUUUCUUGUAA